UGUCGCUCUUCCUCAUCAUGUCCAAGUUGUGUGUCAGUGAGCACCAGGUCCUCCGAAUCGGGGGUAUAUUUGAAACUCGGGAGAACGAGCAAGUGAGUGUGGAUGAGUUAGCCUUCAAAUUUGCCGUUACCAGUAUCAACCGCAACAGAAUGCUAAUGCCAAACACCACACUGACCUACGACAUUCAGAGAGUGAACUUUUUCGACAGUUUUGAAGCCUCCCGAAGAGUGUGUGACCAGUUAGCUCUAGGUGUUGCUGCAGUGUUUGGCCCUGCUCACAGUUCCUCAGUCAGUGCGGUUCAGUCCAUCUGUAAUGCCCUGGAAGUCCCACACAUCCAGACCCACUGGAAACAUCCCUCUGUGGACAACAAGGACUCUUUCUUUAUCAAUCUCUAUCCAGAGCACAGCUCCAUCAGCAGGGCCAUUUUGGAUGUUGUGACCUACUAUAAAUGGAAGACUAUAACAGUGGUCUAUGAAGACAGCAUAGGCCUAAUGCGCAUGCAGGAGGUGAUCAAAGCACCAUCCAGGAAUGGUAUGAAGGUGCGUAUUCGCCAGCUGCCCACAGGGAGCAGUGACGCUCGCCCACUUCUCAAGGAGAUGAAGAAGGAGCAGGAGUUCCAUGUCAUUUUUGACUGCUCCUACCAAAUGGCCUCUGAGCUGCUUAAACAGCUAAUGUCUAUGGGGAUGAUGACUGAGUACUACCAUUUUUUCUUCACUACUUUGGAUCUCUUUGCACUUGACCUGGAGCCAUACCGAUACAGUGGCGUAAACAUGACUGCUUUCCGCCUGCUAAACCUGGACAACCCCUAUGUUGCAUCUGUUAUUCAGAAAUGGGGCGCGGAAUGGCAGUUUGUCCCAUACAGACCUGAAAAUGGCCUGAUCCGUGGGAUGAUGACUACAUCAGCUGCUCUCAUGUAUGAUGCUGUGUUCAUGGUUGCCGUGGCAUCACAGCGGGCCAAUCAGAUGACAGUGAGCUCUCUGCAGUGCCAUAGGCACAAACCAUGGCGGUAUGGACCACGCUUCAUGAACCUGUUUAAGGAGGCUGUAUGGGAUGGCCUAACAGGACGCAUUGUCCUUAACAAGACUGAUGGAUUGAGGAAAGACUUUGAUCUGGACCUCAUCAGUCUAAUGGAGGAAGGUACAACAAAGCAUGUAGAUGAUGGCACAACCCGUCGUACAAAAUUGUGGACAAAGAUUGGGGUGUGGAAAUCAUAUACUGGUCUAAACUUGACUGAAAAAAGGGACAGCUCUAAUAACGUCACCGAUUCACUGGCCAACAGAACACUGAUUGUUACCACAAUUCUGGAGAACCCGUAUGUAAUGUAUAAGAAGUCUGAUAAGGUGCUUUAUGGGAAUGAUCGCUUUGAAGGCUAUUGUUUGGAUCUGCUGAAGGAGCUCUCCAACAUUCUGGGAUUCAGCUAUGAAGUCAAGCUGGUGUCAGAUGGCAAGUACGGUGCCCAGAAUGACAAGGGGGAAUGGAACGGAAUGGUCAGGGAGCUCAUUGACCACAUAGCUGAUCUGGCUGUGGCACCUUUGACCAUCACUUAUGUGCGAGAGAAAGUCAUAGACUUUUCGAAGCCAUUUAUGACCCUGGGGAUUAGUAUCUUGUACCGCAAACCCAAUGGCACCAACCCGGGAGUCUUCUCUUUCCUCAAACCUCUCACUCCAGACAUCUGGAUGUAUGUGCUGUUGGCGUGUUUGGGAGUCUGCUGUGUGCUUUUCAUUAUUGCUAGGUUCACACCAUAUGAAUGGUAUAACCCUCAUCCUUGCAAUCCUUCAUCAGAAGUGAUGGAAAAUAACUUCACAUUAUUAAAUAGUUUGUGGUUUGGAGUUGCAGCACUCAUGAGACAAGGGUCAGACCAGAUGCCCAAGGCUUUAUCCACCAGAAUUGUUGGGGGGAUUUGGUGGUUCUUCACACUAAUCAUCAUAUCCUCCUACACUGCUAACCUAGCUGCCUUUCUCACUGUGGAGCGGAUGGACGCUCCAAUCGAUUCUGCAGACGAUCUGGCCAAGCAGUCUAGAAUAGAAUAUGGAGCAGUAAGAGACGGUUCUACCAUGACUUUCUUUAAGAAAUCAAAGAUCUCAACAUAUGAGAAGAUGUGGGCGUUCAUGAGCAGCAGGAAGGACACAGCCCUGGUGAAGAACAAUAAAGAGGGCAUCACACGCGUCCUCACUACAGACUAUGCCCUCCUCAUGGAGUCCACCAGUAUAGAAUACAUUAGCCAGAGAAACUGUAACCUCACUCAGGUCGGAGGACUCAUAGACUCCAAAGGCUAUGGAGUAGGCACACCUAUAGGCUCGCCUUACCGGGACAAGGUGACCAUCGCCAUCCUACAGCUGCAGGAGGAGGGCAAGCUCCACAUGAUGAAGGAGAAGUGGUGGAGGGGGAACGGCUGCCCUGAGGAGAACAACAAGGAGGCCAAUUCCUUAGGAGUUGAGAACAUUGGGGGAAUAUUCAUUGUGCUUGCUGCUGGCCUCGUUCUCUCUGUUUUUGUGGCAAUUGGAGAGUUCAUCUACAAAUCUCACCAGAACAGUGACAUUGAGGAGUGCAUUUGUUGCAGCAAGCUGAUGGAGGAGCUCGGAGUGUCUUUCAGGUGCCACAAAGCAAUGAGGAAAAGGAGGAGACCACGAGGGAAAGCAGGACUCACAGGAGUCUUAUGCAAUUCCAAAUGUUUCCUGAGGAAAGAAACUGUGGCCUAG